AUGGCGAGGAAAGGCCGGAGGGGCUGCGACUGCCAGCGCUUCCUGAGGAACAACUGGCUGCUGCUCAGCACGGUCUGCGCCGUGGUGCUGGGUAUUGGGGUAGGAGUUCUAGUACGGGAAUAUGGCAAGCUCUCCAACCUGGAUAAGUUCUACUUUGCAUUUCCUGGAGAGGUUCUGAUGAGAAUGCUCAAACUCAUCAUUCUACCCUUGAUCAUAUCAAGCAUGAUUACAGGUGUUGCUGCUUUGGACUCCAGCGUUUCUGGGAAGAUUGGUUUGCGUGCCGUUGUAUAUUAUUUCUGCACUACAGUCAUAGCUGUAAUUCUAGGGAUUGUGCUAGUUGUGACCAUCAAACCUGGGGUGUCUCAGAAAGCUGAUGAAAUUGACAGAACAGGCAGUACCCCUGAAGUCACAACAGUGGAUGCCAUGCUAGAUCUGAUUAGGAAUAUGUUCCCAGAAAACCUCGUCCAGGCUUGUUUUCAACAGUAUAAAACCAAACGUGAAGAAGUGAAACUUACAAAUGAACUGGAAAAAAACAGCACCACCGUUACAGAAGAGCCUGUUACAAUUGUCAUGACAACAGAGGUUUUGGAGAACAAAACCAAAGAAUACAAAAUAGUGGGCAUGUAUUCCGAUGGCAUUAAUGUGCUGGGCUUGAUUGUCUUUUGUCUUGUCUUUGGAAUUGUUAUUGGGAAAAUGGGAGAAAAGGGACAAGUUCUGGUGGACUUUUUCAAUGCACUGAACGAUGCUACAAUGAAAAUUGUUCAAAUAAUCAUGUGGUAUAUGCCACUUGGCAUUUUGUUCUUGAUUGCUGGCAAGAUAAUAGAAGUUGAGGACUGGGAAAUCUUUCGCAAACUGGGUCUUUAUAUGGCUACAGUACUAAGCGGACUUGCAAUCCAUUCUGUUGUAGUUCUGCCACUGAUCUACUUAAUAACAGUAAGGAAAAACCCUUUUCGGUUUGCCAUAGGGAUGGCUCAGGCACUUCUGACAGCCCUCAUGAUCUCCUCCAGUUCAGCAACUCUGCCUGUCACCUUUCGCUGUGCAGAAGAAAAAAACCAUGUCGACAAAAGAAUUACCAGAUUUGUUUUACCAGUCGGAGCUACAAUCAACAUGGAUGGAACAGCCCUCUAUGAAGCCGUGGCAGCUGUGUUUAUUGCACAGCUUAAUGACUUAGAGUUGGAUGUUGGCAAAAUAAUUACCAUUAGUGUCACAGCUACUGCAGCCAGCAUCGGAGCUGCAGGGGUCCCCCAGGCUGGACUAGUCACCAUGGUGAUUGUGCUGAGCGCAGUUGGGCUGCCUGCUGAAGAUGUUACCCUUAUCAUAGCAGUUGACUGGCUUCUGGACCGGUUCAGAACAAUGGUAAACGUCCUUGGAGAUGCCUUUGGUGCAGGGAUUGUGGAGAAGCUCUCCAAAAGAGAGCUAGAGCAAAUGGAUGUCUCUUCUGAAGUCAACAUAGUCAAUCCUUUUGCCUUGGAAACAACAAUACUCGAUAAUGAUGAACCGGAGACCAAGAAAUCCUACGUAAAUGGAGGUUUUGCCAUAGAUAAAUCUGACACCAUAUCAUUCACCCAGACAUCACAGUUCUGA